AUGAGCACUGGAAUGUUGAGAGCGGGACCUGCUCGAUCAACACGAUCCAUGCCGGCCACGGACCAAGCACGUGGCCCCGCACUGGCCACAGACCAAGCACGUGCUACAGACCCCACCCUGCCCACAGAUCAAGCUACGACGUCAAGUGUCCAAAACAUCCCCCAAGUUCCAAGCAGUGUCCCUAAUGCCUGUGGAAUGUAUAGCUCACCGCCUGCGCAGAUGUCAACUAUGCCUGCGUUAGAGCCUCAACACAGUCAACCGCAAGGAACCAGUAUGUCUACUGUAACAUCACCUCUGGUGGCUCAACACGAUAUCGUCAUGGCGUUUAAAAAGUUUGAAAAGAAAUCCAUGGUUGUGGUGAUGAGGACAGAUACAUUGAUGAGAGUGUUUGCGCAUUUUUGACAUAUAACCAUUUGCUGAGGGAUACUGUUGUCUCCAGGUCCCCCAGCUCUGAUAUGGUUUGUUGAAUGAAUAAUUUGUGAAUGCUAUGCUGCCAAAAGCUUACAAGUGGUAAGAUCGGCGCAUAGAGUAUGAACAUGCAAGUGGCAUGUUAACUGUGAAUGUUGAUAUGAAUAAAAAGCCAAG